CUUUUAAGUAUUGUGUUCAUUUUCUCUCUUGCUUUUUAAAAAAUCUUGUAAUUAGAUCGGCAAUCGCAAAUUGUACUUUUUACAUGACCGAUUGCCCCAAAUUAACAUCAUCGUUGGUAUAUAUCUUUUAAAAACCGUCCCAAACUACAAAGAAUUAGCAAUUUCCUCAUUAAUAUGCAAUUUCUAACUGAUUGCGAAAGCAAACGCAAAGGUAAACAACAUGGCCGAUGUACAAGGUAUGUCGGCACGAGAGAACCGCACUGCCUAAUAAAUCAAUAUUUAAGCUAUGUAUAUCGUAAUGCUAUAGAGACAUGUUAUUUAAAUAUAUGGACUGAUCAAUUUCUCUGUCAGAACCAAAUUUUUCGUGUGACAAUGUCGUCGGAGAAGGUCCUUUAUAAACUAGACCAACCUCAUGGCACUGGUAGUGUCCAUAUUUCUUGGCGACCUGGAAACAGCACACACUUAGCCACAACAGGUUGUGAUUCUACAGUUGCCAUCUACGAUAGGCAAGGAGAUAUUCAAGACCGAAUACAGAUUUCUGGAUUAUGCACUGGCUUCGGUUGGGACUCGGACGGAGAUCUCCUAGCAAUAACAUCGCAGAACUCAUCAGUUAUAAUACUAUGGGACGCCACAACCGGCAAAAAAUUUCAAAUAGAUGCAGGUGUAAGAGAUGGACUGACCUGUAUGAUGUGGGCAAAGAAGAGCUGUUUGUUAGCAAUAGGAACCCAAAAAGGAAAUUUAGUGCUUUACGAUCACAUAAAUGCCAGACGAAUACCUAUUUUGGGAAAGCACAAAAAACGCAUUUUAUGCGGCGCAUGGUCAAUAGACGGUCUUCUUGCCUUGGCGAGCGAGGAUAAGGUUUUAAGUAUCAGCACAAGCGAAGGAGAUACCCGUCGAGAGAUAACUCUUCAAGGUGAUCCGUCACAUAUACAAUUUAGCGAGAUGAAGAUGGAUCAUAGGAUAGGCGGUGAAAAUACGGUAUCCCUUAUCGUUAGCAAAACGACGUUAUUCUUGUACAACAUUUUGGACCCAGAAAAUCCUAUUGAACUGGCUUUUCAGAAACGUUAUGGAUCAAUUGUAACUUAUAAGUGGUACGGUGAUGGUUACAUAUUGGUAGGAUUCGAAGCUGGCUUCUUUAUAGCAAUAUCGACGCAUAUAAAGGAAGUUGGCCAAGAAUUGUUUCAAAUUAAAAACCACAGAGAUACUUUGACAGAUAUCGCGUUGAGUCAAGUGGGCGGAAAGGUGGCAACUUGCGGCGAUAAUGCCCUGAAGGUGCACAGUUUGCAAAAUCUUGAAGAAACCGAAACACAGAUCACGAUAAUCGGCGAAAGUGGGAUCAGCAAUAUCGAAUGGUCGACGGAUGGAACUAUGCUGGCAGUUGUUACUUACACCGGCAAUGUCUUAAUUUAUUUAAUAGAAAUCCCAAAAUUAACCAGCGUUUGUGGUAACAGAAUAGCGUUACUAACAAGCCUGAUGGAAGUAGCUGUACAUCUUUAUACAUUAGACAAGGACAAACCAUCUCCGCAAGUAAUCAACACUAUUAUAGAACCAGCCAUACUAGCAGUAGGUCCAGCGCAUUUAGCAGUAGGAUUAAACAACAGAGCGCUUUUUUGGGAUUUGUCUACGAGCCAUUAUAACAAUAUACAUUUCGAGAGGGACUAUUUGGCUACGGUGGAUAGUAUGCGUUUGAAUGAGAUAUACGUAUCCGCGCUAUUCGAUGGGAAGCUACAGUUGCAUUCGAUUAAAUCCGAUGAGACUUUAAUAAAUAAUGGAAAGGAUACAAAGAUGUUUCCAGACUUAAAUUCUUCCCAUAGUAGAAUAACGUGUCACGCUCUCUGUUCAGAUUUCUUGGUUUACGGUAAUGACAUGGGUCACAUCGUCUAUUUUUACUUGGAGACGUUCACUCAAUGUACCGAAUUUAUACAUAACAACGGAAUAAAGGAAUUAUACUUAGAUGCGAAUGGAACACAGUUGUGCUUCGUCGACAAUAAGUCAGAUGUUUACGUGUUCGAUCCGAUAAACGAAGCAGCCAUUGCAGUGCCAGAUUAUCCUGAUAAUAUUGACGGUAUUCUCUGGGAUCAGAAUAUAUUCGAACGUGCUAUAUUUGCAGUAUACAACAAAAGCGUUAUUGUAACGUAUAUUUUUGUAAAAUACUUCGUUGAAGGUACCAAGGUAAUAAAAAUUAAUUCAACUAAAUUGCCAUUGGAUUCAAUUCCUUUACUGAUGUAUUCUGGCGAGAUAACGUUGAGUUCAGUGGGCAGCAAAUUAAUACAAAUAACAUUAACUUCCCACGAAGAUGUUGGGAAUAUCGUAGAGACCAAAAAAAUUAACGACAUUUUCGAUAAUCAGAUCUUGUGUAGACGGUUUCAACAAGCGUGGAACAGUUGUGAGAAAUUAAACGAGAAAGAUGCAUGGCUAAAACUGGGUCAAAGCGCUAUUGCAAAUUUAAAUGUGGAAUUUGCUAUUCGCGUGUAUCGGCAAAUAGAAGAUGCUGCAAUGGUGUGGGCGUUGCAAAGUAUGGAAAAUAUAGACGAGAUAGCAUUGCUAUGUGGCCAUGCUUGCUUACUACUUGGCGAUUACAACGAAGCAGAAAAGUACUUUUUGCAAUCGUCCGAACCCGUCCAGGCUUUGUACUUAAGGAGAGACUUAAUGCAAUGGGAACAAGCGUUGAGUUUGGCACAGAAAUUAAAACCCGACGAAAUCCCUUUUAUCGCCAGAGAGUACGCCCAGCAGUUGGAAUUCACUGGGAACUAUCCGAAAGCUUUAACAAAUUACGAACGCGGUCUGGUUGAUUACAACACCUCAGCAACUUUAGCUGCGCAGAAUCCUAAUCACCGAAGCCAAUGUUUAGCGGGAAUAGCGAGAAUGUCUAUAAGAUGCGGCGAUAGUAGAAAAGGCGUUGGUAUAGCGAUGGAUAACGAGAACUCGAGAUUAUUACGGAAAGAAUGUGCGGAGAUUUUAGAAUCGAUGAAGCAAUUUAGCGAAGCUGCCCAAUUAUACGAGAGAUCUGAAUACUUCGACAAAGCUGCUUCUGCGUACAUAAAGUUAAAGAACUGGCACAAAGUGGGGCAGCUUUUGCCGCAAAUAUCGUCGGCAAAAAUUAACAUACAAUACGCUAAAGCCAAAGAGUCGGAGGGCAAAUACGAGGAAGCUGCGAAAGCAUAUGAAACCGCCAAGGAUUACGAUAACAUAAUUAGAAUUAAUCUGGAACAUUUGAACAAUCCCGCUCGUAGCGUUGAAGUUGUUCAACAAACCAAGAGUAUAGAAGGUGCGAAGAUGGUCGCGAAAUAUUUCCAAAAGAUGAAUGAUUACAAUACAGCUAUCAAAUUCCUAAUUUUAUCAAAUUGUCACGACGAAGCCUUUCAACUAGCCAAUCAGCACGGCAAAAUGGAAUUGUAUGGAGAAAUCUUGGUGAACACGAUCGAUGACACUAACGUUCGAAGGGAAGACUUUAGGAGUCUCGCGAUGCAUUUUGAGUCUCAGAAAAAUAAUCUUCUAGCCGGAAAAUAUUACUUCCACGCCAAAGAGUAUCAGAAAGCCAUGCGACAUUUGUUAAAAGCUGCGCAACUAGUACCGGACGAUGAUAAAGCGAUUACUUAUGCCAUAGAUACUGUCGCAUCAUCUAAGGAUGAUAAAUUAGCCAAUCAAUUAAUAGAUUUUUUAUUAGGAAGCGACGGGUUGCCAAAGGAUCCAAAAUACCUAUUCCGAUUGUACAUGGCUCGAAAGCAAUAUAAAGAAGCAGCUAAAACAGCGAUUAUAAUUGCGAAUGAGGAGCAAAUUAGUGGAAAUUACCGAAACGCUCACGACGUCCUGUUUGGAAUGUACCAAGAAUUGAAAAGGAAUAAGAUCGCCAUACCUUUAGAGAUGCAAACCAAUUUAAGACUCUUGCAUUCUUAUAUUCUAGUGAGAUUACACGUGAAGAGAAGUGAUCAUCUACGAGGCGCCCGGAUGCUAAUAAGAGUAGCCAACAACAUAUCGAAAUUUCCAUCGCACAUCGUGCCAAUAUUAACGUCAACCGUGAUAGAAUGCCAUAGAGCGGGCUUGAAAAACGCGGCUUUCAAUUUUGCCGCUAUGCUAAUGCGUCCCGAGUAUCGUGGGCAAGUCGACGUGAAGUACAGCAAAAAGAUCGAAGCGAUCGUGAGAAAACCGCCGAGAACGAAAGAUAUUGAGAACGAGGAUGAGCCCCUCACACCGUGCCCAUACUGCAAGAGUAGAGUUCCGGAGACGGAAGUAACCUGUGAUAAAUGCAAAAAUACCAUACCUUUCUGCAUCGCGACGGGACGACAUAUCGUGGAGGAUGAUUUUGCAGUGUGUCCCCAAUGUGAUUUCCCUGCCAUUAGAAGUGAAUUUCUGAGAAUCAUUGAAUCUGAAGAAAUUUGUCCAAUGUGCUCAGCAAAGGUUUUACCUGAAGCUGUAUCGUCCAUCACUGAUAUCUAUCCAUAUCUUGACUAUCAAGAGGAAAAAAUCAUCAUAAAGGCAUAAUUUUUCUAUAUUUAGACAUAGAAUACAUUUAGCAAUGUAUACGACAGGAGAGUUGUAAGUUGUUUAGAUUCCCACAAACUAGGGAACAAAUAAUCUUUUAUAGACAUCUAUAUCUAUGCUGCACAAAUUCAAAGGUGCCUUGUUUUUAUUGUGUGCCUUAAGCAGACACCAGAUAGUUAUACAGUUUGCGUUUGCAAACAAUAGCAGUAGUAAGUAUAAUAUUCCCAUUGAGUUGAAAAUCAUAAAGCGUCAGUAUUCUCGAUGUAACAGUGCCGUCCGUUAUGAGUACAAUUUAUUCGAGUACAAGUAGAUUAAUGAAAUAACAAAUGCCAUGUAUAUGUAUGUACAAAAAAAUUAAGUUUUAUUUACUGCGCGAGUUGUUUUAAUGUAGAUAAAAUAAAAUCGCGCAUCCAACGAAUAUUCGAAAUAAAAUUUGCAAUACUUUAGUAAUUGCCAUAUCAAUAAUCUGUGUUUAUAAUUAUAACAAAUAUAACCCGUUCAGAAUAUUCAGAUUAAAAUGACAUGCAAACUGCGUUUAACAUUAAUGCAUUACAUAAUGCACACUUGACAUAAAAACCUACAAAGAUCCAUCAUAAUCAUAAUAAUAAUAAAUCUCGGUUUUAUGACUGUCAUAAUUACAGUCUCACCUAACCUAACGUAAUCGUGUAGUUCUUGCGCUUCUACGCAAUAGACAUAUCAGAAACACGUGAUUUCGCGCAGCAUGACUUUGAAGAAUCGACACGCAGAAUGACCUGUUGGUUUUAUAAAGUUUGAUGUAGAUGUAGACGACAAGCAUUUUGCAAUAUAUAACGGAACUUCCAUACUUGAUCAAUCCGGACUUCCUAUUUCCUCAUUAAAUUCCAAUUAUUUUCGUAAAAUAAAUUUCGUAAAAAAGAUAACGGUCUCAAACAGUUUCCCAAUCGACUUCUCCUAUGACCUUUUUUCACAUGAAAUAACUGUUUCUCGCACGGAAGAAAAGGCGAGAGCAGAAACGGUACAUUCCAACUACAUUCCAGACAUCGUAGAAAAACCAGCAAUUAUGCACAAGUAAAUCUACCGAUAUGCGAUCUAAUUGACAAAACGCAUAGAUAUUGGAAUACGACAGAAAAGAAAUAAAUGACAAAUAAUGCAAAUGAUUUUGUUCUAAAUCAUUAUAUAAAAAAAAUUCGCGUUUACAAUUAUCAUUGCAAUAUUAAAAACAAUGUUAUCUCCAGUAAGAAUUACGUAAUGGACGAGUAUAUUGAAGAGCUUAGGAAGCAUUUAUACUUUGUAAUCAGUGUAUUAUUAGAUUCAAUGUAUUAGCUUUGAUUCAAAGGUUUCUUGUUUUCAAAUAGAUAAAUUUCACACGCAUCGAGAGAAAAAUUAUAUGAUAAAAUGUAUUGUUACAAAUUUCAUUAAGAUCAAAAUAAUUAUUGUCCACCUCAGAAAUAUGUUCUUCUUUUCAGGUAAAAAGUCUCUCGAUUCUUAACUUACCUAAAAUCUCGCGUCAAAUUGAUCGAUGUAUACGACCCUGCGACGCGCCACCGCGAUACAGCCACGUAUUCGCGCGCUGUGUGCAUAGCUACAUUUCAUCGACGUUGUGUUGGUACGCAAUGCGCACCGGUAUACAUCGUUAGUGUCGUGCGAUAAUCGUGCGUGCGAGUUGUUUGGUUCGUGAACGGCGCCUCGUUGGCAAUAUCCAUCCGUGAUUCUCGGCGAUUAGACUUUUUCGAUUGUCGUUACUGCUCCGGCAUUCCAUUGAACGUGUUGUGGCACGUAUUCACGAGCGCAUUUACACGUGAAGGAAAGAA